GAAGACAGAGCUCCUGUGCCAGCUCCCUCUGGAGGUAAUUGGAGUCCACAGCCCGACAGAAAGCUAAAGGAUAUAUGAGUCCUCCUGGUGGGGUGGUGACAUGGUGACAAGGGACAGGUAAGGUAAACCAGCCAGGGGCCUUAGGGUGGAUGCAGGUCUCUGCUCUCCCCCCAGAUGGAUUCCAGCAAGCUGGAGCAGGAAUUACAGUGGAUGAAGCUGGUCUGGGAGGAGGAGGAGGCCCCAGAAGACAAGACAGAAAGACCUCUUACAUCUCAGGGCUGGAGUACUCUGUUCCAGACAGUGUGGUGGGGUGCUCCCAGCCUGGUGAUGCAGCUGCUGAGGCAAGGUGCCAAUGUGGAGGAGAGGGAUCACACAGGUAGGACUCUGCUACAUCUGGCUGUAAUGCGAGGGCACGCACCACUGGUUCGCCUACUGUUGCAGCGUGGGGCCCUGGCAGGUGCAGCUGACCAUACAGGGCGCACACCAUUGCACGAGGCUGCCUGGCAUGGGCACUCGAACGUGGCAGAACUAUUGCUGCGACGUGGGGCCUCAGCAGCUGCAUGCUCUCAAACGGGCCUCACGCCCCUGCACGGGGCAGCUGCUCUGGGCCGCACGCAACUGGUUACAUGCCUCAUGGCGGCUCCAGGUUCAGGCCCUGAUGUGAAAGACAUAAGAGGUUGGACUGCCACACACUGGGCAGCGGCUUGUGGGCAACUGCCGGUGCUGGAGCUGCUGACUGCUGGAGGCAGCGAAGACCUGGACGGCGCCCUGCUGGUAUCGGCAAUAGCUGGAAGUGCGUCAGUGUUGCGGCUUCUCCUGACACUGGGGGCAAAGGUGGACACCCUGGACAGUACGGGAGCCACUGCGCUGAGCCUGGCAGCUGGCUUAGGCCACCACCAAGACGUUGAGGUGCUGCUGGGCCAUGGGGCAGACCCAAAUAUCAGGGACAGGAACAACCGCUCUGCACUCCACAGGGCUGCCGCUGGUGGGUAUUUACAUGUUACACAGCUGCUAGCGGCUAAGGGCGCUGAAGUAAAUGCCCGAGACUCGCUGGGCCUCACACCUCUGCACUACGCUGCUCGGGGAGACUAUGUAGAAGUUGUCAGCCAUCUCCUGGACAGGGGUGCACAAGUCAACGCAGCUGGCUGGCUCCACAAGACCCCUCUGCACCUUGCCGUGGAGUGUGGCCAGAGCACCACUAUGGAGAUUUUGCUGAGCCGAGGAGCCAACUCUACCUUAAUGACACAGUGGGGUGAAAUGGCCCAGAUUUCAUAG